AUGACGAACCCAGAAAAGGGAAAUCAAACGUCCGUCGCAGAAUUCAACAUCCUGGGAUUUGGGACUCUGCAAAUCCUUAUUUUCCUGCUGUUUCUCUUGAUCUACAUUACAACCAUGGCUGGGAACAUCCUCAUCAUAGUGCUAGUUGUAACUGAUCAGCACCUUCACACCCCCAUGUACUUCUUCCUGGGGAACUUGUCCUGCUUGGAGACCUGCUACACCUCCACCAUCCUGCCCAGCGUUCUGGCCAGUCUCCUGGCUGAGAACAGAACCAUUUCAUUUAGUGGGUGUCUCACACAAUAUUUUUGUUUUGGUUCUAUGAUUGCCACGGAAUGCCUUCCCUUAUCAGUGAUGUCUUAUGAUCGGUAUUUAGCGAUAUGCAAUCCAAUGCACUAUGCAACCCGUAUGAAUGGCAGGUUAUACUUCCAGCUUGCAGGUGGCUCUUGGACAGGUGGCUUUCUGUGUAGUGGCAUAAUAAUCUUGUCUAUAUCUCAGUUAACUUUCUGUGGCUCCAAAGAUAUUGACCAUUUCUUUUGCGAUCUUAUCCCUCUGGUAAAUCUCUCCUGCAAUGAUCCUCAGCUGAUGGAAAUGUUGGCUUUAACACUAUGCUUGAUUUUCUUAGUGGUCCCAUUCCUACUUACCUUGAUGUCCUACAUCUGCAUCAUCGUGACCAUCCUAAGAAUCCCUUCCACCACUGGGAGGCAAAAGACCUUUUCCACCUGCUCCUCCCACCUCAUUGUAGUGUCCAUUUUUUAUGGAACUCUACUGAUUGCCUAUAUGUUCCCAACGACCAACACACUGAGAAACUUCAAGAAAGUUCUCUCUGUCAUCUACACUGUCCUGACUCCUCUGGUCAAUCCCCUCAUCUACAGCCUGAGAAACAAAGAGAUCAAGGAGGCUCUGAGGAAAGUUAGCAGGAAAAUCAUGUUUGGACAAUGCUAA